UCACAAUAAACUCGUUAUUGUGUAGAUACUUCUUGUUUUUGGUCGAAUUCAGUUGACGUUUUGAAGGCUUAGGAUAAUAAAUGCGUGCCAGUGUUUAACUAUAAGCGCUAUUAAUACAACCACCUGUGGUUUUCGGUUAUAAUCGCAAUUUAAUACAAUAGUCAAGUGCAACGCAGUUUAAGCGCGAGUUUAGUUUACCCUUCCACUGCGAAGCUCACACCUCAAAACUUGUUUUUAGUUUGCCAAGUAGAGCGAGGUGUUUGUGCGUUUGUGUAUACAUACAAACAGAUGUAAAAGUCUUCAGAAAUUCCAACGCAACUAAUAAAUUGCACUGCAGAUCUACUUGCAUUUGGAAAUAUUUAAAUGAUAUAAUUUAAUUGCUGAAACUGGUAACAAAUCACAGCUAUUCAAAAUGGCAUUGUGCAGUAUGCCGGGCAAGGGGAACAACCGCGAUCGCAUCCGGGAUCCCCGCGAGGAGAUCCUGCUCGAGACGAACUUUGAGGACGAUGGCGGAGUUCUGACGCGCGCCUACAACGGAAAUCCGUACAAUCCGUCCAUCCAGAACCGUCGGCGUAACUCGUACCGCUCAGAUCACUCCUUGGACAGGUACACAGAGCGCGGAGGCGAAGGAGAAUGCUGCCAAUCGUGCAUGGCGCGCAUUCCAUAUGCCACUCUGAUAGCCACACUCAUGUGCCUCCUGGGAGUGGGGAUCUUCUGCUUCACCAUGUACCGCGGGGCCUCACUCACCGUCAUAAUGGUUGACCAGGUCUUUCACCUGCGGCUGAUAUGGAUCGAAGCGGUGCAAAUGAUAUUUGUUAUAAUUGGAGCCGGCAUGGCGGCCCUCGGAUUCAUGAUUUUAUUCGUCGGGUUUUUGGCCACCGGUGCCACCAGAUACAAGGUUUACAGGGCGUGGCGAUCGCGAGUGGGUGGUCGAAUCUCGUGCGCCGUUCUCAUGGGCAUAACCUACCUGCUAAAUUUUGUCUGGAGCCUGAUCCUUUGUUUCCUAGUUGUGGUAACCUUCAUUUAUACAAUGUUCUGGAACAUGUGCUCGAGUGUGGAGCAGUCCCAAAGCUGCAUUGAUUUGACACAAUUCCAUUUUAUGUUUCCACCAAACACGAAACUCGAGGAUAUGAAGGUCUGUGAAAAGUACGAAAUAAAGGCUUUCUGCAAGGACGGUGUGGAGAAUGCUGAGGUCAUGUUCAUAUUGGCCACCCUAUCCACACUUUUGGUGCUGCUCAGUCUGGUCCAUUAUCUGAUGUGCCUGUCUGCCAACUAUGCCCAUAUUCGGGAUCACGAAAAGUUCCAGGAGCUACAGGAAAUCCAAAAUCUGAACGAGCUCGAGUACAGUGCUACUUCGAAGGAUCGUUUCUAGGACAUAUUUCAGAAGAUUCAAUUUGAGCUUAAAGAGAAGUCCAGCGCUAUUUGAGAUAUUCUCGCUUAAUACAACGAAAGAUGAACAAAUUUCCAACGAAAACCAGCAUACUUUAAUUAAGAUUUUUUGUUUAGACCUAAGAUUAAAGUUGAGUUUAAAGUUUUGCUUGUUCAUUUAAUGAGUUAGUGGCUUCAACAAUUAUUUAUGUUCAAUCAUCUUCAUAUACAUAAGUAAGUAGUUUUAUCCAAGUACAAACUGCCAAAAGAAAAUAUCCCACUGAAAUUCAGCUUUUUAUAUUCUUCACUCUUUUACUAACAUUACUUUUCCGUCCACUACAUUAAGUUAGCUUACAUUCAUUAUGUUUCUGUUUGCAACCUAUAAGUCCAUACAAACAUAACAGACAAAUGCUUAUGCUCAAAUUGAUUCUUCUGAAUUGCCGAAUGCAUUUUAUUCAAAUACGAAUACGUUAGUUAAUCGCAGCUUAUCAUUAUAUAGUGUAAUCCAUCCGUGCAUGAUUAGUGCAAGAAAUAACUUUAACAUGUGUAUAUUUCACUAUUGCAUCUACAACAUAAAAGCAAUACGAAUCCUGCCGUAGUAUUUCUGUAAAUGCGGUAGCAACAGUUCAAUAAGACAAUGUUAAUCUAAAGAUUGGACUAAGUAUAAAUAUAUUUAUCUUGUAAUUAAUAUAUACACCUACAUAAUAAUAAUAAUAUAUUUUAUACUACACUUUU